UUGAAAGAGACAGCAGUCAGGGGACAGGGAAAAGCAAUAAGGAGAGAAGGUUUGCAGCGAGAGUGCAGGAGAAAGAGCAGCAAGAGCCAGCCAAGUUGGGAAACAAGGAAGAGAGCUGCCGCCUGCUUUCGUUUCUAAGGUAAAUAUUGACUAUGUGUUUGCCUGUUCGCUUGGUUUUUAGACACUGCAGAGAAAAGUGAAGAGAAGACCAGUUUAGCAGAAGCCGUCAUAACCAAGAGCCUCGAGAGCCCAAAGGACAAUCCGGGGAGCUUUGUCUGCCAGUGCUGUGCCCACCACGCCUGUGGGCCGGGCUCCUCAGCAAGAUGCUUGCAGCAAACACGAGUAAAAUACAACAGAACAAGACAGAAUAAAGCCAACUGAGACCAUGGAAUGAAAUUGGUACAGAACUUCACACCAGGUUACCAGGAUAACAGUAAUAGCACCAGGCAGCUAAAUGUCAGCUGCUCCAGUUCAGUGAACAUGGAACUAUUUCUCCAUUACUCCCUCAUCCCAUCAUUUCUCAUCAUUGUGGUCUUGUCCUUCCUGCAAAGACGAGAGCACCGUAGACAGAAAGAUGAUACCACUUACCUCCUGGGAAACCACUUUGGAAUCAUCAUGCCUCUGGACUUCGUGGGGACUUUUAGUAACCGAUGGUCCUAUGGAGUAGCCUUUGGAGCCACCGCCAAUAAGGUCAUGUUCUUGUUCUCAGAAGGCAACCAGCUGCCGCAGGUCCCACAGUGGGCCCAAGCCUUGGUGCUUCUGAUUGGAGGCAUGGAAGUCGGCCUGUCCCACUUCCCCUUCUUUGCCUGCCUCUCCUCGGAGUUCCGCCUGGUCAGCUCGGUCCUUGGCUUCAGCUACUCCCUCCUCUGGUUUGUUGUCACUGUGCUGCAAAUCUCACAGUGUCCCCAUGGUCAGUUUGUGGGGAGGUAUGAGUCCCUCGUGUUCUACUGGCCGUCGCUGCUGUGCCUGGUUUUCCUGCUGGGCCGCUUCCUGCACAUGUUUGUCAAGGCGCUGAGGGUGCACUUGCGCUGGGAGCCCCAGGAGGAAGAGAAGCCUGUGCUUCUGGAAGCCCACCAGGCCGAGCACGUCAAGCAGCUGCUGAGGAAGGCCCAGCCACAAGAAGGAAAAAAGUCUUGGUUUCAAACCAGGGUGUAUGAGUGGGAUCCCUGCUUCCAGUUCCCAAGCAGAAUGAUUGGAACCAUUGUGUUGGCUUUCAUCUGCCUGUACCUUUUCAUUGUCAUUGAGUUCUGCGUGUUCGUGUAUGUGAGAGACAAGCUGGAUGAGUUUGAAAGCGACCUGGAGAACUACAUCACUAACAUGAACCAGACGGGGGUCCUGACCCCGUUCAUCCAGCAGGUGCAAGAGCUGCUCAGCGUGGCCAAAGGAGUCUGGGUGGUGACCAUCUUACCUGCCUCGCUCACGUGUGUGAGCUAUCUGUUCCACAUCCUGGUCUGUUACAGAAAACACAUGAAGAGACUGUGGGCAGGUAAUAAACACUUCCUCCCUUCAAAGUUUCGUGAUCCUUCCCCAUCUGAGAGUGUGGCAGCCAUCGCAAGGUACUCUGGCUGGCAGAUAGCCUACAUUCUGUGGGGCUACCUCAUCAUCCACGUGAUGCAGAGCCUGUGUGGCAUGAUGAUCAUGUACGGCCUGGUGCUUCCCAUUACCCACGACCGAGGUCUGGAGAUGCUUCAAGGGCUGGGCCUGGGGCUCCUCACCAUAUCCAUUGUCGUGGGUCUCAUGAUCCUGCAAGUGUGGAUUGCUGCCAGCUUCUUCCUGCAACCCAAACUGGGCACAGCCGACAAGCAGAAGCCCUUGGCUCUCAACAACAGGAAAGCCUUCCACAACUUCAACUACUUCCUCUUCUUCUACAAUGUUCUGCUCGGCCUGGGUGCUUGCCUCUCCAGGCUGCUCAUCAGUUGCAUUCUGGGCACGUGGCUGAUUGCGCGCAUUGACAGGACCAUCAUGCAGAGCGGCUAUGAGAGAGCAGACAUGGGGUUCAGUGCUUGGGUCGGCAUGCUUUAUGUGGACCAUUAUCACACCAACCCUGUGCUCGUCAGCUUUUGUCACAUCCUGCUCACAGACCACGAGGAGAGGAAGCUGCAGAAGACUACCUACCAGUCAGCAGGUCCUCACAUCUCAGCUAGAGCCAGGACGAGGUGGCUCCUGCUGCAGACCCUGAUCAAUAACCCCAGACUCACCGUACUUAGAAAAUCAAAAUCAGUGCGUGGUUCCCAGGAGUUCACCCAGACUCUGCUGAUGUGCCCAGACUGCUGACACCGGCCACCAGCAACUACUCUGAGACCAGACCCAGCCAGCCAUCUGCUCCCAAGAGAAGGCUCCAUCUAACCAGCUGCUAUUCCCUGCAGUGGGCUGAGAUGGCACAGGCCCUGUGUACAGAUAUGGUAGACAAUGUGGGUCACCUGUGGGAUGGGCACCUAGUCUGAGGGUUGAAGUCUCAGGACUUCAUCAAACAAAAAAAGGUGGGGGGAGGGAGAUUUAAAAAAAUACUAAAGAAUAGUCUAUUGAACAAACUGUGGCCUUUGGUGACUUCCAGUGUUCCCUAAGGGUAGGCAGCUGGGUGUUGCCUGUGAAGAAGCACUGUCUGACUCCAAGGCAGAACUUUGUCACUGAAGAAGUAGUAUCUUUGGUAGUAUCUUUUAAAGAUACUACCAAAGGUGCAUAAAUAUCAUACGACUCAACAAUUCCAGUAUUAAGUACACCCCUAGCAGAAAUGCCAACUAGGUCCACCAUGCAAAAGAAUGGUCAGAGCAGCAUUACUGGUAUGGUCCCAAACUGGAAAAAAAAAAUCCCCAAUGUGCAUUAUGAGUAGAAAGGAUAAAUACAGUGGAGUAUAUUAUUAAUAACUGGAUACCAUACUACAGUCACAUUUUAAGAGAAGUAUGUGAAAGGGUUUGGCCCAGGCUGGAUACUGUAGCCGGUAAAGCCAAGGAGCUCCUACCUCCCCCACGCCUAGGAAUCUUCCUCUGGCGCCAAACUAAGACCAGUAGGCUACCUGUGCAUCCCUAAUGCCCCUUAGGUUCCACCCCAAGCCAAGGCUACUUAUGUGCCUCACUCCACGUGUUCCGCGGAGAGAUCGCCGACCUAGGGUGGAGAUGCCACGCCCCAGGGGGUCCGGGGUGUCUCUCCCACAUUCUCAAAAUAAAAGUCAUUUACAUUUCA